GUUAGAACCCCAAGGUUAGGAUAUAUCCUGGGAUAUAGGAUUGGCUGUACCUCUGUACCAAACUGCAUAGAUCCACCCAUGAGUCCACCUCACUAAAAUAUGACCGAGCAACAAUCAAAGAGGUUGGGAACAACAACAACAAAGAUGGCGGUGAGUUUGGUUGAUUUUAAUUUUUUUUCUUUUAAAAACCUAUAAUUAUACGUUCAACCAUCUUUUCCUCUUCAAAACACUCAAAAUAUUGUUUUCAAGUAUCAAUACAUUUCACUUUUUCAGCCUCCAAAAGGAAAACAGCCGACUAAAGGGAAAAAGGAAAUAUUGCAAGGAAAUAAAGACACGUUGAGAUUCUAUGUAAAAAUAAUGGCAGCUUCCAUGGUAGAGAUUUUGAAUUUCAAAAUUAUAGUUUGGAUAAAAUCAAUCUGUAUUACUGUAUGAAGUCAUUAAUAUACAAUUACUCUAACCAAAACCUGUACAUUUUUGUACUUGUAGGCAAUAUAUGUUGUUGUUUGUUUGCUGUUGUUGUACAGUUCAGUAGGAUGGUUUACCAUUGUAAGUGUUGCUUCUUGUACCAAGGUGCAUUCAAUGUAAACACCAUUAGGCCAUUCCAUUUAAUAUCCCUGUGGAUGGUCUCUCAUGGGUGGAUUCACUGGGGGGUAACCCCCCCCCCCCCAGAAUCUCUCUAACUCCUCUUAUAAAGUGUUCAACCCCACCAAAAUUUGCUUCACCCCUCCUAUUUUGUGCGAAAAUCUUUAACCCUAAUGCCUAAUCUAUGUGCCUAUAAACCCCUACCGAAGCUCGCCGAGUGGUGCCGCUUGCACCCUACUAGAAAGUUUUCAACCCCUCCUUUUAAAAAAAUCUGCCCUUGAGGUCUCUGAUUUUAGACCACUUUAAUCCCACUUGGAAAUACCUGUUGAUGAGGUUCCAUGACAAGAAGCCCUUCAGAAAUCUUUCCAUUUCUUUUCUUGACCCCCUUGGAAAUGUCCAGUGACCCUUUGAAAAUUGUCAAAUUUUUCUGACCCCUUCACAAAUUUUUAACUUCUGUAACCCAGGGUCAAAUUAAAAUUUAAUCUGACCACUAAGCUCCCUGGGUUGGAGAAUGUGUCCACUUCCUUAGAAGAUCUUCUUGAAUGACCCAUUUCAAUUUCUUUUGAAUAGUUAACACUAGUCUUUAGUUCGUCAGUAUAUGGCAGUUGCUACAAGGCAAUGGAAAGUAUGGCUAGACCAACAUAUUCUGAUACUGGGGUACUCCUAGAUGGAGGCAUCGAUCUAAAUAUGACUUCAGGAUUUGCAGAGUAAGUAAAAAAUAUUUUUAAUCAGUGAUUAUGGCCCAUCAUGCUUAACCCAUUAAGUUGCAUGGCACCCCAGUUGGGUUAAUGAUCAAGUAAAUACUAGUGCUGCACCAAAUUGGUAAUAUUCUAUUGCUUUUCUUCACAGACAUUUAAAGGAUGUGAUUUUACUUACCGCAAUUGUGCAAGUGUUGAGCAUUAUAUCACAUUAUUUUUGGAUUCUAUGGUUACUGGUAGGUAAUCAAUAUAUUUGAAAGAGUAGAUAUGUACGGUAAGGGCUUUGGUGGUGUUAUCAGAACAAGCAACUUUCAACUUUGAGAUUGAUUUUUUUAUUCAGGCACCAGGCCGGGCAUUCUACAUGUUAUGGACAAAUAUUUUGGCACCAUGGAUAUUUGCCGAGGCGCCUAGUCAGGAGGAAAUGGACCCUAAACAACAGAAAAAACUAGAACGAAAAAUGAAAAAGGAAAAAAUCGUUUAUAAAUAGAGAAUUUUAGACAAUACAUUGUCAUUCGUAAAAUUGUAAAUUAAUAUUUUCAGAAGAAAGUAAAAACUACACAAUACAUCUUAUUCAGCUAAGCAACUAAUUUUUGUGUGACAGAUCCUAUGGUUCCCUGCUGACAGAGGUCUCUAUUUAUGUUUACCUGAUUAUAAACCUAACCAGACUAACAUUUAGUCCCAUACUCAUAAAACGGCCAGUGAUUGGCCGCCAGAAUCGCUUCGACUUUGACAUCUAAUGAACGUUGAGUUUGCAUCUACCCUCGUGUGCAUUUGAAAACUUUUCCUUUGUUCCUGAAAAAGAUUUCACCAUGGACUGCAAAAUAUGCCUUGUUCCGUAAGAGCCUCUGGAAGCCAUUGUUAACGUACUUUUUCAUUGUCACUUUUGUACUACAGGGUGUAUC